GCUCCGCAGCGCCAUUCGGCGGGCGCGGGACUUCAUCAUGCGCGGACGCGGCGAGCACGGAGAGUUGCUCGCCACGCUGCCAGCGGCGCGCACGAGCGGCUCUAUAGACCACUUGCUGGAGGUCGCCCAGUUUGUUUUCCCCGGCGAGGCGCGCGCCGCGGGCGGCGGCUUCGCGACGGCCAUGCAGCGCGUCAUCGCCGAGCGGCCACCAUCCAUGGACGACCCAUGGGACCCCGUGGCCCACGGCGACGAGGUUGUCGCAGACAGCCAGUUGGCAGGCCGCGACCUGCGUGAGUGCUGGGUCGCCUGCAUUUCCCUUGCAAGCGAAGUGCGGUCGCUGUGCGCGGGCAUGCGCUGCGUGCGAGUCUGCGAGCGGACCGGCGGCUCCAGCACGGGGCUCUUCGCCAAGCUCACCAUGAUACCACAAGACGGCGGCGCCCACAAGCGGGCCUUCUGUGCACAGGGCGAGGCGGGCCACGCAGCAUGCGCCCUCAGGAAAAACUUGCAUUCGACAAAGAGCGGCAUCGCGGGCGAGGGCGGGGGAGACAUCCCGGGCAACAUCACCGUCGAGUCCGCCAUGGACCUCGCGACGGACGACGAGCUGCGAGCCAGCGUCGAGAGGUUGGCGCUCAUCGCUGGGACAAGGCCUGCCGAGCUCGCGCUACGAGAAAUGGCAGCGGGGAUCAACCGCAGCAGGUUCAACCUCCUGAAGAGGGGCCUGCGCCGCACCGCGAAGCCCGUGAGCUGUUUCGCCCAUGACUGGAUGCGCGCAUUCGUCGCGUGCGGCGCGCGGAACGCAGCGCCGUGCCUUUUGAUGGCCAGCUUGCUGGCUGGGAGGGCGCGUGCACUUGACGCUGUGAACGAGCUCCUGGGGCAGUGGAAUCUCCCGCAAAGGUUGGGCACGAAGCCGGCCGCCCUCGUCGACGUCGCGUCGCCGCCAGGGCCCGAAGCGCGCCUCGAGGCCAAGCACGCGAAGUGCAUUGCGUCAGAGGCAAUGCCCAUGCACAGCUUGAUCGCGCAUUCUGUGCGAAACGCGCGGCUCAGGGCAGGCUGCUGCGUCAAGCGGUGCGAGGCGUGCUUUGCGUGCUCGCCCAUCAUGGGCCUCUUGAUUGCCGUGCCGCAUA